GCGUGCGUGGACCUCGCCCUCAUCUCGUCUCCUGCCCCCAGGCCCCAAUAAUUCCACCGCCGCACAAGCUCCUGCCUUCGUCUCGCCUUCGCCCACCGCCGCCGCGGCCGCCGCCGAUUCGCUCUGCUCUGACCUCCGACCAAUCUAAUCUCGCCGGAGGGAGAACCGCCAGCAGAAGCAGCGCCGGAAGCAGCGAGCGGCACCCCCACCUCCGGCCACCGCCGGGGAUAAAGUGGGGCCGGUAGGGGAGUCCUAGGGGGUGCAAAAGGGAUCGGAUCGGGAGAGAUGAAGCUAUCAAAUUCUUCUUCGUCCGCCGUCGUCCCUGCUAACGCCGCCGCUACUAACCCUAGGACCAUUAUCUCUUAUCUCGUUUGUGAUCCGACUUCUUUUGGUUUUAGCCCUGUUGAUAAUGAGGUUGAGCUUCUUCAGAGGCUUUUCUCUUAGAUUAGUGUAAAUAGUAGACUUGUUCGGGUUUAGCUUGGUUGGAAGAAUUAGUCUCUGCUCCGUGUUCAUUUCUGCUAGCAAUAAUGGCUGCGAUGAACGAAAAGGUAUUGGGUAAAUGUGGAAGGAAUGUAGGUAGUCUCAAGAGAAAGUGGGAAAGCCCCGCCGCAUAUGAUGCUGAGGCCUGCCGCACCUCUGAAUUGCAUCAGCGUUCUGCCGAUGAUUCUGCUGUUAGGUUUCAUGUUGAUCAAGACCGCAAGGCAAAGAUCGUGUGCCACUUCAACAAGCAGGUUUUGCAGAGCUAUAAGAAUUUCAUGACUAGCGCACCACCUAAGCGUAUUCUGCUUCGCCAAGGUGCUGACUGGAAAGACUUUCCAGAAAAGAUUGUCAAGUUGGCCCAAGCUGACUUCAGGGAAAAAAAGACGAUCACUGAAACUGGAUAUCGGAACCAGCUGUUUUUGCUGGAUUUUGUGCAUAUGACAUUCAUAGACUCAAAGAAAGGUCUUCAGAGGCCGAUAGCUUGGAUCGAUGAAAAUGGAAAGGGUUACUUCCCUGAAACAUUCCUGCAAGAUCAGAAAUUAUUUAUGAAGAAAGAUUUUGGCAACGGAAACCAUGAGUACAUUAGUGUUGAGCCAGAUGGGACACGAGAAAUGAAUGGACAUCUUGGAACUUCAGAAAGUUCUGCGGAAAGCUCGAACUUCGAUCCAAGCACUGAAGAUGUUUCCAGUCCUAAGAGAGCUAGGGCUGAAAAGAGUUCCAUAGGAAAAAGUUAUGGUGAUAUUGGCGAAGCUGUUGGAGAAAAUGAGCCAUGCACAUUGUUGCCUACAGCCUGUAAUCUGCUGUCACACCAAGCUAAUCUGGGUGAGGUAUCACGUGCUCAGCGCACGAUGGAAGCCGUGGAGAAACUGUUUCUGCAGGGGAUGGGUUCUGUUAUUGGAUCUAAGGACAUCAUUGGAAUCUACAGAACUCCAAUUUUGGAUGAUUGCGGACAAGUCCGUUACCAUCUUCACCAAAAGCAAGUACAUGUUACUGGAUGUAACCGUGGAAAUGCAAAUGUCCGUUAUGCAUGGCUUGCUUGCUCCAAAAGCACUGUGCAUGAAAUGAUGCUGAAUGGUGUCUUGCAAGUUCAUAAACCCAUCAAGUGCCCAGCCUAUGGAGAGGGCACCCUCCUUACACCAGCAAAUCGUUCUGAUACCUGUGUGAAAUACUCUGAUGUUGAUGAAAAUGGCAUUGUCCAUAUGAUGUUGUGCCGUGUUAUAAUGGGGAACGUAGAAAUAGUUCACCCUGGAUCUAAGCAGCACCGACCUAGUAGUGACUAUUUUGAUAGUGGAGUAGAUGACCUUAAAAACCCACAACAUUACAUUGUGUGGGAGAUGAAUCUGAAUAGGCACAUCUAUUCUGAGUUUGUAGUCACCAUCAAAAUGCCUUCCAUAACCAAAGAUUCCCUUGUCACUCAAGAAGAUUGUCAGAAUUCUUCUGAUGUGUCACUGGUCUUGAAUUCACCCGACUGUAUGUCAGAGGAGAUGAACCUUGAGGCACCUCCAGCAUUGGGAGGUGGAUGUGCGGCCCCCAUGCUAGGAGAUUCAAUGGAAAAGGCUCCAAGCUCACCUUGGAUACCUUUCUCCAUGUUGUUUGCAGCGAUUUCUACCAAAGUGUCUCCUGAGAAUAUGGACAUGGUUAUUGGUUGUUAUGAAGAAUUCAAGAGCAAGAAAAUAAGCCGAGCUGAACUAGUAAAGAAGCUGAGGCAUGUAGUUGGUGAUAGAGUGCUAAUAUCGACAAUAAUGCAGCUCCAAGAUAAGCAGUUACCUCCAGUGGGGAGGCGUGAGGCACCCAACACAUCAGCAGCCAAGAUGAUGGCGAAACCGUGAAGUGGGUCGGUGGGCGAGGAAGAUAAAAGGAGCAACUGGCCGACUUGACAUUAGAAAGGCAGCAUCGAUGAAAGCCUCUUGCGUCAGUCUGUAUGGCUGCUGUUUGUUCUUUCCGUCUCGUAGGAGUUUAUGCUGGUGAAGAAUUUGUAUCUUGUAUUUUUCGUUGCAAAAAGGAAACAAUGCAUGCAGUGCUUGUGAACGGAUUGAAUGUUUACCAGAGAAAAAAAGCCUCCUUGUUUACCUUC